UUGACGUUAACGUCGCAGCCUCGACAAUGGCAAGUGACAGAAGGUGAGAGGAAGACGAGGCGAAAGUUUUUCAGCUGCAAGUUUCUGCUGGUUGUUUUUCUUUUUUAAAUGCUCGGUAACGACAGCAGAAUCGCAUUCUUGUACCCGGACAGUGACUCAGCGUUUUCGCCGUUUUAGUGAGGAUCAACCGUCUCUUUCGUGUGAGCUAAAGUCGUGAACGGGGGGUCGCUCGUUCGCUCGCUCGGUCUCGUAGCAGCUGAGUAGAUUUGCACCAGAAGUUUGUUGUCCACUUCGACGACAUUCACUUCGAGGAGAAACUAUGAGCAACAGAGAAGACGAGUAUGACUAUCUCUUUAAAGUGGUGCUGAUCGGAGAUUCAGGGGUAGGGAAGAGUAACCUGCUGUCACGCUUCACCCGCAAUGAGUUCAACCUGGAGAGCAAGAGCACCAUCGGGGUGGAGUUUGCCACGCGCAGCAUACAGGUAGAAGGCAAGACCAUCAAGGCUCAGAUCUGGGACACGGCCGGACAGGAGCGAUACCGGGCCAUCACUUCUGCGUACUACCGUGGAGCGGUUGGAGCGCUCCUGGUUUACGACAUUGCCAAGCACCUGACGUAUGAAAAUGCCGAGCGCUGGCUGAAGGAGCUGCAGGACCACGCGGACAGCAACAUAGUCAUCAUGCUGGUCGGAAACAAAAGCGAUCUACGCCACCUAAGGGCGGUGCCCACAGAUGAGGCCAAGGCCUUCGCAGAGAAACAUGGCUUGUCCUUCCUGGAGACGUCAGCGUUAGACUCCUCUAAUGUGGAGCAGGCGUUCCAAACUAUUCUCACAGCCAUCUACAACAUCGUGUCACAGAGGCAGAUGUCAGGGCGAAGCGACUCUGACUUUUCACCAGCCUCCAACGUAGUGCCCAUCACGGUCGAGCCCACCCAAAACUCGGUCAACAAGGGCGUCUGCUGCCAGUCCAACUGAGACGUACUCACUGGCCACCUCCUUCACCUCCCGGCACACGGACAAAUAGCCAGAUAGACAGACAGACAGAUGGGACAGGGAGAAAGGACAGACAGGUAGAAAUAAACCAUUUCACAGGGGGCCUUGUACAUGGGUUGAUUUGUCUAUCACCUGCUUCAGAAAAAAUAAACAGGGUAUGAAGUGGGGGACCAGUGCAGGAGGAGGAGGGGAAGUAAAGCAGUUUAGAUAAGCGGACGGGAGGGUGCGUGGUGAGGGACUUGUAGCUAUGACAGAGGUACAUGAUCGGAUUUGAUUGAAAAUUUAAUUAAACAUUUAACAGAUUAUAAAGGUACCUUUUUGUAACUCAUCACAAUUUCUAUCUUUGCAAACUGUCCUCCCCUUUGCAAGAUUUACUUUACAAGCCAGUAAAUAUUUUCCCUCGGUUUCCCUCUACCAGGAUAUUGGGCAAUAAAAAUCCACCUCUAGUAGACUGAACUGCAAAGCGCUCUGUAGCCACUGUCUUUCCCGUUCUCUAAAAAUGUAAUAAUAUAUAGACAUCAAUGUCCAGGAUGAUAUUUAUUGAACACUAGAUUAAAGGUCUUGUUUGGCCAAAGGGUUUGCGAUUCAACACUGGGUUGGUUUAGACUUUAUCUGCCUUUCUUCUCUUGCUUUUCGGCGCUUUUGCCCACAAUCUUAUCUCCGUGAGGAGAAGCUUGCAAUGGGCGAACGUCCCUCACUGAUGGAAGAGCAAGGGCUUCGAAUAUAUUUUUUGUUUUUAAAUAAAUGCAUUGGCUGGAAAUCAGUCAGGAGGCUGUUGGUUGGAGUCGUGUUCCACUCGGCCCCUUUUGGAGCAACAACAUCCCUCCUGAACAGUGACAUGGAAUUUCUCUCCGAUUGCUUUUGAUCCGUGUUUCGGUGGCUUUCCUGCUCUGUCCUCUGCUUUGCGUGCUACAGAUGAGUCAUGCUCUCGCAAGCUUUGAACAGCAUUAUCUCCAAAUGAGACGGGAUGGCUGCAUCCCAAGCAGACAUGUUAACUGCCCCACAUGUUGGUGGGACAGCAGCGUUGGCCCCCCGGCGAUCGCCUGUUCAAACCUUCUGGGUGUAGUGGGAAUAGUGGUUUAAAUACAUGGACAACGCUGUGCUGCUGCUGCGGCUGCUUGCUAGCUGGGAUGAAUGGAUGGAUGGAUGGAUAGAUAAUGUUUCAUGGGGAUGAGGUAGUGAGGGCACUCAGCCCUGCUCCUGUGAUCUCUGAUGUACCAGAGAUGGCUUGUUUUACUGUAAGUGAAAUCCUCCACUGCCUGCUCACCUACUCCUCUCUCUUCCUCCCUGUCUCCGUCUACACUGUAUAUAACUGGAACAGGACUCUGCCUUCUGGGAUCUCCCUGAUGUCUCCCCUCGCACUCACUUGUCUUUAUUUCCUGUUGUGUGUGGGGGGGUGUAUCUAAUAAUUUUAAAGAUGAGGAAAGGGAGAAAAGAUGGUCGUGUUCGGAGGGGCUUGAUUAAAUCCAAAGUUUGCGCACACAGAUGGCGUUCAUCCUGCCGACGUGUUUCCACAUCAACACUGACUUCUGUCGACUUCACGGGUCUGGAACUGGGUGGUGUAGGUUAGGGUUUUUUAAACAUUUAUUCUAAUAUAUGUAUAUUUGGACUGCAUAUGUAUAAAUAAAUCUCAUUUGUUUAUA